UGAAAGACAAUUAUGUGAAUUGAACAGAUAUAUAUUUACAGUUUAAAUCGGUUGUUCUCCGCUUUGAUAAAUCGACUCUUUUUAGAGGAAAUUAUGGCCUAAGAUCAGAAUUCAAGGAAACCACGCAAUUUUUGGCCAUGGCUCAAGACAUAAAAUUGACGGGAAGUCCCAAUAAAAGGGAUGAACGAUACUCUGAUUCAAUUGACAUUAGCCAUGGAACCGUUAGAAUUGAGGCUGACGACGUAACAACUGGCAAGAAAUACUGCGGUGUUCGGAUUCCAACAUGGGUACCGGCGGAAAUGAAAGAGGUUUUUAACCUCUCCUGGACCAUGGUUGUCCUCUUUAUUCUUAACGUGAUUCAGCAGUCUAUAAGUAUCCUCUUCUCCGGGCACCUCGGCGACAAGGAAUUGGGCGGUGUGUCUCUCGCGAACACCGUGAUUAAAGUUGCAGCGGUGACAAUUGGGAAUGGACUUGCAACGGCAUGCGAUACACUUUUUUCACAGACUUACGGGAGUGGAAACAUGAAACAGGUCGGAAUGUACCUACAGAGGAGUUGGGUUAUCAUCACCUUGUCUGUAUUCCCUUGCAUCGCUAUUCUUCUCAACACAAAUGGAAUAUUAAGAUUAGCUGGCCAGGACCCGAAGGUGGCGGAGAUCGCAGAUGGUUUCUGUUUGGUGAUGCUACCAGCUAUAUUCGCGAACCAUUGGUACACGAUUCUAUCAAGAUACAUCAGAAACCAGGGCAUCAUCUACCCUCUACUUGCGAUGGGUAUUAUCUCACUCGGGAUCAACGCUUUGGCCCAGUAUCUCUUAAUUCAAGUCCUUGAUCUUGGAACCACGGGUUCCGGUUUGGCGAUGGGAUUGGGUAUGUUCGCCCAGUUCGUUUUGGUCCUGUCUUAUAUCCUAAUAUCGAAGAUGUACAAGGUGACUUGGGGAGGCUUGACCAUGGAACUUUUCCAAAGCUGGGGCCCUUUCCUAAAUCUGGCUAUAUUUGGUUUGCUCAACGUUAACCUGCUGUGGCUUGGAUUCGAAGUCGGUACGAUAGUUGCAGGGACUUUGGGUGACGUUCAGCUCGGGGCCCAGUCCAUCAUAUUCCAGUUGGAGAUGAUCACGUAUUGCUUUGCUAUAGGUACGGGCAUUGGAGGAAACAUUCGAGUUGGGCAACUCCUUGGGGCAAAUAAACCACUGCAUGCAAAGAGAGCAGUCAAGGCCAUUUACAUGAUUGUCCUUAUGCAGUCUGUGGUCGUUGUGAUCGUACUUCUAAGCCUGAAAGAUGUCAUCCCACUUGCAUUUUCGAACAGCCCCGAGAUCAUCAAACUAUCUUCAGAUAUGAUCCCAAUCCUUGCAUUGUAUACUGCAUUCGAUCAAAUGUGUGGUUCCUCAUCAGGAAUUCUUCGCGGAUGUGGGCGACAGGGCACGGCAGCUCUAAUAAUCUUCGUUGGGAUGUACAUAGUAGGCCUGCCGGUAGGGAUUUCACUGAUGUUGAUGACUGACCUCGGGACGGCGGGGUUUUGGUGGGGCGUCACCUGUUCUAUGGUUCUACAGUCGAUAGCCUUUUUCGUGGUAGUGAUGAGGACAGAUUGGGAAGGAGAAGCAGAAAAGGCACAAAUAAGAGCAGGGUUGAAGAGCAAAUCUGCGCCCACUCAAACAAAGGAAUUCUUGUAUGAAGAUAGUGAAACUACUGCGCUUAUAUCAGAUGUUCCGAAGCAGACACCGAUUCUAAGACAGCGCCACUUUACGGGCGAAUACGAUACAAGCCAGCCGGAUAUUGCGAAACUUACUCAGCUUGCACCAAAAAAGUUAGCACCCCACGAAUUGAUAUUCCGGCGCGGACUGGCGAUUCUUACUUGCUUUGUCAUUCUAUUCAUUGGAUUAUUCUGUAGAUUUACUUUUACGUUUGACCAUGAAACAAUUAUUGAUGCCUCAGUUCUGUGCAUUUCCCCGGACUCUAACCAGACCUACCCUAUAAAUGGGACGACCUUUGGGCGAAAUAUCACUGCGCUGAAUAUUUCCCUUCCAUUGUGCAACAGCAGUGUUGUUUAAAAUUGAGCUCUAAUUGGGCGUCUAAGACAUUUCGAAACUGGUUGUUGACAACGUGUCGGCCUUGAGGAAUAUGAGCUGUUGUAUCUUCGCCAUAAUAUCCAAGAUGGCCACCAAAAUGGCCAUUGCGUCAUCAAAUUGCGAUAACUUGCGACCUGGUCUGGUUAAGGUGGUGAAUCUUAUGACUUCAAAGUUACACAGCUGUGUUGUAACCAUCUGUUACCUAAUAUUGUCAAUGUUAAUGGAAACAUGGUUGCUGUGGGUUUCGGCAUCAUAUUGAUGUCGAACGACUACAAGCCCACUGCAUGAUUGAGGCCCCGAUGUCAACCAUCUUGUUGGUCUUGUUAUUCUUAAGCCACUAGAGCUUGCUCAUAACCAAUGAUACUGCCUAUAUUGGUUGUUUCGUUGGUGCAAUCUAGGUUCAGACACACAGAAAUGUUCCCAUUACCACCAUGCGUAAGAAACUUGUCGGUCACCAUUCAACUUGGGAAAUUGCGUUAAUCUAAACUGUUAUUCUAGCAAGUGUUCAAUCUUGACCUCCGUGAUCAACUGCACCUCUAUAUAUGCCUAAUAAAAUAAAGAUGGCGGAUGACAAGAUACAGUCGUAGUUAGGCUACCUGGGUGGCAACCUAGGAGUAUAAUGCGAUAAUCUAAUGUCAUCAGAACUAAUAAUAAUACAUGGUCUAAAAAGGUCGUGAGAUUGGUUGCAGUGGCCAUUUUGGCCGCCAUCUUGGAUAUUAUGAUGACACCAUCAAUAUGUCAAAUGGGUGAUAAGUGGGAAAGGAUCGAUUGCCCUUUUAAACAUUGGGUUUAAAGAGUUAACAAACACAAGCAGUUAUGGUAAAGCGAGAAAGAGGAUCACAUCCAGUAUUAUUGUACAUAUAGCUUUAUCAGAAAACCGAGCCAUUUCCGAAAGAACGAGCUUUUUGCCAACAAAGUCCCACGCCUUUAAUUCGAAAAUAAAAACUCCAAAAUCUCA